CCACACACAAACCAAAUCUGUCUUCCUUUGUGGCCCAGUUUUAUUUUCACGGAACAAUAAUAACCUGAAAAGGAAAAAAAUUCUACUAUUAUUCAUUGAUUAAUUCAGCAUCCAAUCCAGAAAACCGAAUAUUUUCCUUUUUACAAUUCCCUUCACGUUUAUUAUUAUUCGGUUCCUCAUCCUUCGAAUGAGGAAGAACCAGAAGAAUCAUCGGUGAGUGAGAAAACAAGGAAGAAAGCAAAUGGGUAGUAGUAGUGUUGAAUCGUUGUCGGAGAAGCAAGCGGUGGUGAAGUGGGUUGUCGGAGUCAUGAUCGUUGGUGUAUCAGUAUUGGGUAUAUAUUUGUCUGGUCCAUUUGGAUUAUGGAAAAAGAACAAUACUAGUAGAAGAAGGAACAAAAGACCGAUUCGUGUUUACAUGGAUGGUUGUUUUGAUAUGAUGCAUUAUGGUCAUUGUAAUGCUUUGCGCCAGGCUCGUGCUCUUGGUGAUCAAUUGAUUGUUGGUGUUGUUAGUGACGAUGAAAUUAUUGCUAAUAAGGGUCCUCCUGUUACCCCUUUACAUGAAAGGUUGAUUAUGGUGAAUGCUGUGAAAUGGGUUGAUGAGGUUAUUCCCGAAGCUCCAUAUGCGAUAACUGAGGAAUUCAUGAAGAAGCUUUUUGAUGAGUAUAAUAUAGAUUACAUUAUUCAUGGGGAUGAUCCUUGUGUUCUUCCUGAUGGAACUGAUGCUUAUGCUCAUGCCAAAAAGGCUGGCCGUUAUAAACAGAUCAAGCGCACCGAAGGAGUUUCUAGCACUGAUAUUGUUGGUCGAAUGCUGCUGUGUGUAAGAGAAAGGACUAUUACUGAUACUCAUAAUCAUUCUUCUUUACAAAGACAGUUCAGUAAUGGUCGUGGUCAGAAGUUUGAUGAUGGUGUUGUUGCUAGUGGAACCCGUGUAUCCCAUUUUCUGCCUACAUCUCGUAGAAUUGUCCAGUUCUCAAAUGGGAGGAGUCCAGGACCCGAUGCACGCAUUGUAUAUAUAGAUGGCGCUUUUGAUCUCUUUCAUGCCGGACAUGUGGAGAUCUUGAGGCUUGCCAGGGCUCGUGGAGAUUUUCUCCUUGUUGGGAUACACACGGAUCAGACAGUCAGUGCAACUAGGGGAUUGCAUCGUCCCAUCAUGAGUCUUCAUGAAAGAAGUCUAAGUGUGUUAGCAUGUCGCUAUGUGGAUGAGGUUAUAAUUGGUGCACCGUGGGAGGUGUCCAAGGAUAUGAUCACGACAUUUAACAUCUCAGUAGUUGCUCAUGGAACAUGUGCCGAAAAUACCGAUUUUCAGAAGGAACAAGCAAAUCCAUAUGCGGUUCCCAUUAGCCUUGGCAUAUUCCAAGUUUUAGAUAGUCCUUUAGAUAUAACAACUACUACAAUAAUUAGGAGGAUUGUGUCAAAUCAUGAGGCAUACCAGAAACGCAAUGAGAAGAAGGGUGAGAGUGAGAAAAAAUACUAUGAGAGCAAGACUCACGUGUCUGGAGACUGAUUCAUGUCUGUCAUAGGGAGACAUAAACAUUGGGGGGUCACCACCAGGAUUUCACACACUCCUCCCUACUUAUCUAUCUUAUCUCUUUUUUUGUUUGUUUUUUGUUUUUGUUUUUGGAGAAUAUGGCAGUUUUGUUCAGCUACGAGCACGAGUUCGGCUUCGUGGUUUGCGCAUCUGAUUUAUUAUUUAUUAAACUGAUUUUAACCAUAAGAAUAUGUAAGUGUUUGUCUCAUGAAAUUUGUGGUUAGCUAACUUAUUUAUAAUUAGUUUGAGGAAUGGUUGGUUAGCUA